AUGGCUGAGUUUGUGCUUAAAAAUAAUCUGAGCGAAAGUGAUGUUAUUGACCCGUGGAAGGAUGACGUUACGUCUUUGGGAUUAACUGUAAAUUCCACCAAUUCUUCGAAUGAAACCGAUUAUGAAGUAAAUGAUGAAGAGGAAAAUAAUACAAAAGAUAAAUUGAUGGAAUUAAAAAAUAAUGAUGAAAUAUUAUCUGGAAAUAAUUCCCAGAAUGUUAAAAAUGAAUCGGAAAGUCAAAAUAAUGGUGGUCUACAUAUUCGUAUACAUAUCAGACCAUCUGAAGUAAAUUUGAUUUUUUAG